GCGAAAAGGUUUUAUAAAACCCAGCUGAACGCCUAGGACUGGGGCGAUAGUGUGCAUGCCCACAGAGGGCUCUGAGUGCCGCCUCUCCCACCUGUGCCAUAGGUUUGCCACCACUGGGCUAGACACUGCCAUCUGUGUGGAUUUUAUACUGGAGGGUAAUUCUGACUAGUAUUAAUGAUUUAUAUUAAUAUUGUGAUUAAUUUUUCCCUAACUUUUCAUUUUAUAUAAUUACUCAAUUGAAGUUUCCUGAUAAUUUCUAUUAUUGUAACUUUCAAUAUAUCUUAAAAUGUUGCUGUUUUAUAUUGGAGAUAUAUUUGCAUGUAAAAAUUAUUAUUCAUAUUUAAAAUAUUGUGUAAAUGACAUCUGAAUAUAAAUCUAAUAUUUUUAAUUUUGUUUAGUGCAAUAUUUUUCAGGUAUAUAUUUAAGUCUAAUAAAUGCACUAUCGGUCUGAUUUUCUGCAGCAAAUGAAUUGAUUUUAUAUGCUUAAUUGGGUCAGAAAUCUUUAUUUCUAAAAUACACGUUUAAAAUAGUAGUCCUCUAAUUUAAAGUGUAUUAUUUCAAAAUCUGGAAGAAAUAAAACAGACCAAGGGCAGAACAUUUUGUGAUUCUACUUUCACAGAAAACUGCUGCUGGAUGGUACUUUGAGGUUCCGUUAGUCCCCAGUUGAAAUUUUUGCGAAUAAAUACCACCUAAUUACUCUUUUUGUUGGUAGAAAAAACAUUCACUGCAUAUCUUCGUUAUCUUGUCUGAUUUGGCUGCGCGCAGAUUCUCUAAUGCUUCCCAAUUCGGCGUCAAUGAAAUCGGCUUGCUCCGUUUCUAGAUGCAAGUGGUGGCGAGACCUUGAUUAAUUUCUUUACACCAUUUGCGAAUGCUGAGUAGCCUUACUCAUCUGAAAGGUAGUUAAUUCUGACUAGCUAUCGGCGGCUUUUCAGAACUGAAUUUGGGACGGCCAUCUGUUUGCGAAGCCACAGUUCUUUCUUCUGUCUAACGUAUUUUCCCCCAGUUCUUAUCACAAUGUUGAGUCCAAUUCGCUACAUCGCUCUCAGUUUAGGUUUUUGUGAAGACUUCGGGUUGUCUUCAUCAACAAGACCGGGGCCAACUGUUCGGAAAGGAUCGCGGGAGGAUAAUAAACCUACGAGGCGGCCAAAUGAUCUUCUGAUUAACGAGAUACCGACCAUUCUUUAUCUUUAGGCAGACGCCCUGCCCCCUUCUCUCCCCCCUGAAUUAACUUCAAGCAAAAGGCGUUAAACCGUAGAUCUGCGGCUCGCGCUUUUGCACACGACUCUGGAUCGAUUUAUUUCCCGCCUUUUUCCUCUUGAUUUCCUUCAGUGCUUGGGUCGUUGCUCUCGGUGCUGCUGUUUGAGGUAAUAAUCCAUUCACGCACGGCUCUCCUGAGCUGGCCUAAGAGCUGUAUUUCCAUCUCCCUUUCUCAGCGCCUCGCAACCUCCGUUGGUCACUUGGCUUAACGUGUGAUGUAUUCGAGAGUAACAUUUUAUCGUGGCUGACAACGGGAUCCUAUACCCGUGAUCUUUAUGCAUGAUUUUAGAGUAUUUUUAGAGCUUUUAGGUUAUAGAUGUUAUAGCACUAUAAAAGAAAUGUUUAACAAUAAAAAUAUUUGAUCGCUAUUGUAACUUGAAUAUGCCAAUUAAUAGCGAAAUGCAUAAACUAUCAAGUUAAACUUGAUAUUAGUAAAGUACUAUUUGGUAUUUGCAUUCAUUGUCGUUGGAAUGUAAAAUGUACAUUUGGUUUCAUCAAUAAUGUUGACAAAUGACACACUGUUUCAGACUAAAGUAUUACCUAAACAUUAUUUUUAUGCUAAUGAGCUUUUCAAAAUGAUGAGAGAUUGAUAAUUGAUCUAGAAACCCAUGUCCUAGAAGAGAGUAAAGCAAGAGGAGAGAAAUGUAGAUAAGUAGAAAAGAAGUACAUUUGUUUACAUUACACGUAUUCCUAAACAUAUUGAUACAAAAGUUUCUGAAUUUAUUGGGAGCCAUUUACAGAGACUCCAGUGGUUUACAAAAAUAAAUCAACAAUGAAAACAUCCAUGAAUGAGAAAGAAGAAGAGAAAUCUUUUAAAUUUAAAUUGUUUGUACCACCAAGACUGAGUAACACCCAGGUAUCUGCAGUCAAACCACAAACAAGUACACGGGAUGAGGGUUUCUUUCAGAAUUUUAGUAAUGGAACAGAAGAAUAUUAUAAUUCAUCUUAUGGAAUGAAAAAUAUUUCAAAACAUAUAGAAGCCAUUGAUCCUUCUCCACAGAAAGUAAAACAUGUUCCUGACAUAGAGCAAGAGAAUAUGGAGACAAUGAAUGAACUUUAUUCAAGGCUUUACAAAGAAGCAGAAAAGAUCAAGAGAUGGAAAGUCAGUGUACAAUAUGAAUUAAAGGAAAAAGAGAAAAAAUUGCAAGAAAAUAGAAAGAUUAUUGAAGCAUUGCGUAAAGCCAUUCAAGAAUUACAGUUUGAAAAUGAAAAAUUAAGUCUAAAACUUGAAGAUGAAAUACAUGAAAACAAUGAACUUCUAAAAGAAAGCAAUGCUACAAGACAUUUGUGCAACUUGCUCAAAGAAAAAUGUAUGCAAUCAGUGGAGAAAUGCAACAAAUAUGAAUUUGAACGAGAAGAAACAAAACAAAUGUAUGUGGAUCUUAACAAUAACAUUGAGAGAAUGAUAAAGGCUUUUGAAGAACUUCGUGUACAAGCAGAGAACAUCAGGCUGGAAAAGUAUUACAAAAUAAAAGAAGCAGCUGAUAAAAUAGAACAGCUUGACAAAGGACACAAGAGAGAGAUAAAUUCCAUGGAAAAAGAGAUUUCUAUACUGAAAGAAGAAAGUGAUAAAAAAGAUAACAAAAUAAAGCAGACAAACAGUCAGUUACAGGAAUCAAGAUUGUUAAUACUUGAAUUCGAAGAAAUAAGAAAAAAACAAGAUGAGAUAAUAAAAAAAUCAGAAAGCAAGCAACAAAUCUUGUUGGCAGAACUGGAAAAUACUACACAUUCUUUGGAAGAUACAAAGAAUACUUGUAACAAUUUAGAAACUGAGUUGCGAAUUACAGUAAAAACAUUAGCAGAAGUCACUGAAGAAAAGGAAUUGAUUAUAAGAGAAUUUGAAGAAACUAGAAUUCUGCAUGCAUCUGUUACUGAUGGGUUCCAGAUUGAAGUUUCUAAUUUGAAGGAGAUGCUAAUCAAGGAAGAAAAUAGGAAAAAGGAAUUGAGAGAUGCCUCAGAUGCAUUAGUUUUGGAACUCCAAAAUAAAUCAUCUGAACUAGAAAUGAUGACCAAACUGAAAAAUGAUAAAGAAAAACAAAUUGAAGAAUUGGAACCAGUCUUAGAACAGGUCCAAGAAUUUUUACAUGGAAAACAAAUUCUUGAGAAGACCAUUGAGAAAUUACAAGAAAGAGAAAGAGAGUUAAAGAACACUCUUCAGACAAGAGAGAAAGAAAUACAUCAUUUGGAAAUGCAAUUGUCCGAUGAAUUCGAAAAUAAACAAAAUUGCUUUCAACAGCUUGCAACACUGAAAGCAGAGCUUGAAAAAGAAAUCCUAAAGAAUAAAGAGUUAAAUAUGGAGUGGAACAAACUUUUACUUGAGAAAGAACAAAUUAUAACAGAGAAAAAGAUGGUGGACGAUGAACUUCAACAAUGUAAAGAUAAUAUUAAGAAUGUUAAAAAUACAGAUGAAGAAGCCAAAAAUCAAAUUAACAUUUUAAAACAAACAAACCUCCUAUUAAGCAAUGAAUUAGAGGAAGUAAAGGAGAAACUAAAACAAAAGGAUGAAGAAGCAAAAAAGAAAGUUGAUGAAAAUGAAGAAAAUGUUAGAAAUAUUGAAAAUGAAAUUUCAAAAAAGGAAAAACAACUGAAAACGUUAGAAAACAAGGUUAAUACUUUAAAGAAGCAGAUUGAAAUGAAAAUCAAGAAUAUUGAAGUACUACAGCAAGAAAAUAAAAGCUUGAAAAAAAAACUUGGAACAGAAAGCAAGCAACUGAAUAUUAGUGAAGGAAAGGUGAAUAAUUUCCAAUUAGAGUUAGAAAACAUAAAUAGGUUACACAAAGAAACAAGUGACAACUAUAAAAAUGAAAUUGAGAUGGCUAAGGCAAAUGAAAAAAGACUUCUCAAGGAGAUAGAAACAAUGAAUUCUUUAACAAAUGAAGCAAUGGCAAUGCAGAAAGAAAUGGAUAUUCGAUGUCAGCACAAGAUUACUGAAAUGGUAGCACUUAUGGAAAAACAUAAGCACCAAUAUGAUAAAACGGUGGAUGAGAAAGAUACAGAAUUAGAGUUUCAUAAGACAAAACUGCAAGAACUAUCAUCAGAAAUAGAGUCUUUGAAAAAUGAACUUUCUUGUAAGAAAAGUGAAGUUUUUUCUCUUCAGGAGCAACUUAAAAGAGAAAUUAAUGAGAAGGAAAACCUAGCCAGAGAAGCAAAUCAGAAACUACAGGCAUCACUUGUAGAAGUUCCUAAAGCUACUAAUUCAGACCCUCAGUCAGUUAACUCCCAAAAGAACAUAUAUCAACAUUUUAUACCUGUUAAUGAGAACAUAGAAUAUACAGAAAAGUCUUCAUGGAUACCUGCCAAGACAUAUACUGUAAAGACACCACCAAAAUCUAAACUGCUAAGAGAAAGCACCAAUUUAGUUUCAGAAGGAAGAAAAAAGAAAAGAAAAGUUAUUUUGGAAUUGGAUUCUCGGUCAGACAGCUCUGACAAUACUGACCUCCUGAGUAUUGUAACAGAACAAGAAAUGUUUAAAAAGCUGAAUAAAAAUUACUCAGAAUCUUCUCAUCUAUACGUCCGGACACCAAAGCAGAUUCAAGCUCCAUCUAUUCUGAAAACUCCAGGAUCUUCGAUGAAACUUGCCACUGUAAGAAAGAUGCGAGAGGCAGGAUGGACUGCAAUCUCCAAAAUCGACAGAAGAAAAAAAAUGAAAGAAGCUGGAAAGCUCUUUACUUAAACCAAAUAUUUUUUCUUUUUAGAAGAAUUAAUUGUUCAGUUAGAUAAUAUAUUUAAAUUCAAUGUUAUUUUUCUAUUCGUAUUGUGUGGGCACAUAGAUUGACAUGCCCUUUGAAGCUGUUUUGCCAAGUGUAUCCCAAUAUCUUAUCCCAAUACCAGGUGUAGCAUGGGCUAGCAUGUUGAAGAGGCCACUGCUGUGUCUUUAUUGUUUUGCAACAUAUUUCGAAUGAUAUUUACAAAGAAGCCCAUCUCAUUGCCUGCAUUGAAAUGAAAUACUCUGAUGAUCAGAGUCAAUAUAGUUCUGCAAAGGAGCUCCACUUCACACAUUUUGUUUCAAUAACUUUUGUUUUUACAGUAAUUUAUCCCAAUUCUUUUGAAAAUAUAUGUUGAACAAAUCUCUUAAAAGCUUGUCUUAUAGAGCAACCCAUUUCUUGUAGAUACAAUUGUAUAUCAGAAGUAUGCACAUCCCUCCCUUAAGGAUUUGACCUGUGAAUAAGUAAGAACAAUUUUUAGUAAGCAGAAUAGCCUAUAUUUUCUCAGUAGAAAAGCAAAGCAAGAUUUCUUCCCUUAACCCUUUGUUAGUUUUCCCAUGUUUUCUAUAGGUUGAAGUUAAUGUAACAAAUAAGAAUGUUGCCAUUAUUAUUAUUGAAAAUAUAGUUUAAAAAAUUAUAAAUGUUUGUUAUUUACCUAAGUACAGUAACACCAAUGAAACAACCUGAAGUUUUUCGAAGUGGGAAGCAAAAUAUUAUUAACUGUUAUGGAAAUACAUUGUGGUAAUAAAAUUAUUUUAUUUUCUCAUAUUGAGUUAAGUCAUAUUCCUAAUUGGCACAAGGAUUUAGCCACAUCCAAAAACACAGUCCUUUAUAGCCUUCCUAGUGAUCCUGAAUGUUUUCAUAAAUUGGGAUUAAUAUCCAAGUGGUUUUUUUUCCAGGAAAAAAAUUGUCCAGGUUAUUUUAAAGUAUAAGUGAUAAUUUUGAAGCUCA